AUGCUGCCUGCGACUUUCAAACUGUGUGCCGGCAUUUCCUACAGACACAUGAGGAACAUGACGGGUUUGAGGAAGAACACCAUGCUGGCCAUCCACCAUGAGCUGAGCAAACUGUCCGGCCCUGGACCAAGCACGUGGGUCAGAAACAUCCGCCGCAGGAGCUCACUGCUCUGCAGCAGGCUCGAGGAGGAGAUUCUGAGUGAAUCAGAGCGGGGUUAUGCACAACAAGGUCAAGAGGCACUACAGAAGUCCAUCAAUAUCCUCAGUGACCCAGAUGGCUGGCAAACUGAGAUUGAGACCUCGACAGGAGAUAAAGUGCUCAGUAAAGUUCUUCCAGACAUUGGCAAGGUCUUCAGGUUGGAGGUGGUUCUGGACCAGCAGCCUGACAAUCUGUAUGAGGAGCUGGUGGAGAACAUGGAGCGCAUGGGCGAGUGGAACCCCAACGUCAAACAAGUCAAGAUCCUACAGAAGAUCAAUCAGGACACCAUGGUGACCCACGAGGUUUCGGCGGAGACCCCGGGGAAUGUGGUGGGUCCGCGGGAUUUUGUUAGUGUGCGCUGUACUAAACGCCGAGGCUCAACCUGCUUCCUGGCUGGGAUGGCGACCCAACAUCCCAGCAUGCCUGAACAGAAGGGCUUCAUUCGAGCGGAGAACGGGCCAACAUGCAUCGUGAUGAAGCCGAGCGCAAAUGAUCCCAACAAGACAAAGUUCACCUGGUUACUCAGUUUAGACCUGAAGGGCUGGAUUCCCAAAACCGUGAUCAAUCGAGUUCUCUCUCAGACCCAGUUGGACUUUGCUAAUCAUCUCCGAGACAGAAUGGCUAACAACAACAGCACGGAGGCAGUGAUGGCUUGCUGA